GGACAGGACGGCGGCUGUAGUCCGGUAUGAGGGAACCCCGCCUGCUUCACCGCCAUGAAGAGCCCGGGAACCAGUGAUACGGAAACCGACAAGACCGCGCUGCAGAGGCGGCCAGACAACCGUGAUCAAGUCCAGCUGAAAGUGCCUCUCAUCCAGCAGUCUUACCACUGGGAUUGUGGCCUGGCAUGUGCCCGCAUGGUAUUGCAGUACCUCAAUCACCUGAAUGAAGAUGAGUUCCAGAAGGCAAUGCGGGAGCUGCGGCUCACCAAAAGUAUUUGGACCAUUGACCUGGCUUACCUGAUGCACCACUUUGGCGUACAGCACCAGUUCUGCACACAGACCUUGGGUGUAGACAAGGGAUACAAGAACCAGUCUUUCUACAGGAAACGUUUUGAUGCAGAGGAGAACAGGGUAAACCAGCUAUUUGCCCAAGCCAAAGCUCACGGUGUCAAUGUAGAAAAAAGAAGUGUAACAAUACAAGAACUACAGGAUCAUCUUUCCCAGGGGCACGUGGCCAUCGUACUGGUAAAUGCGGUUCUGCUCCUGUGUGACCUCUGUCCUAGCCGUGUGAAAUACUGCUGUUUUCUUCCUAUUGGACAAAAGUGCUUCUGCAAAAGCAGCGAAUAUCAGGGCCAUUUUAUUGUGCUUUGUGGCUAUAACAAAUCCUCUGGAAGCCUUUUCUAUAAUAAUCCUGGAUAUGCAGAUAGGUUGUGUCGGACAAGCAUCACCAACUUUGAAGAAGCCCGUAGUAGUUAUGGUACAGAUGAGGAUAUGCUCUUUAUCUAUGUGGACAGCUGACCUCAGAAUGGAACUUGUGAAGAAGCAGAUAUUCCUUGUGUGCAGACCAAUUUCGGCAGACCAUGCACUAUAGAGACAUUUCUAUGUAUAGAGUUUGCAGUAAAAAGAAAAAUAUGGAUGAUGGGUGCAUUCACUCGCCAUCUAGAGAGGACACUGUCCACUACCAGAAGGACCUAUACUUAGUAUAUUAGGCUGUGCAGUGACUUUGGUCAUUGAGAUGUUGGCCUUAUUACAUUCAGGUGAAGGUAUGUUUGGACAUGUCGACUAUAUGGUAAAAGGAAAAUGUGAACACAUCUCAUUUAAAAAUCAUGGGUUUAUG